AUAGACUGACUCCGUCGGAACACGCGACAGAGGCCAGUCUGGCGCCCUGUAUAGCUCAAAUGAAGCUCAACGAAACCGUACACUUUAGCUGAACCUGGAUAGACAAGAGCGUCACUGCUAUACAAUGUGUUUAGCUCAGUGUUUGUUCUACUAUGUGCAGUGUGAUUAACGUGAACAGUGAUAGUGAAAUAGGGUUGCAGCUUGGUGAGACUGUGAGAGGAUCACACUUAGCACAAUCUGGUGGAGAAGUUGGAACGCAACGACGAAAACCCGUAAAACAAAUCUGUGAACCCCGCGAGAGCAUCCGCGCGCUGAUAAGACAAGAAGACUUGAAAACUCAAAGCCUGAUCCUCCAUCGUCCACGCAAACAGCAACGAGAACACCAGUUUGGAUGGAUGUGUGCGAGCAAGUAGUGCAAAUUUUACACGAGAAGUUGAAGGGGUCCUGUUGUGAAAAUUUGUGAAUUUGGUGAAAUUGCGUGAUAAAUGUUGUGAACUUUUAUAUUUUAGUCCCAGACUAAACUAACGUUAGAUAAUGGUUUCACAAGGACAUAAUUCAAAAGUAUAAUUUUGUGUUCAAAAAACGUAAGCAGUUGUAAAUAUAGGUUCCAGAGAGUUCAUUUGGCGCCAAGAUGGAUGACAUUAACUGGAAUAAAAUCAUCUACAUUGAUGAUGAACAAAAGCUGAUCUACUUCGACCAAAAGACCUACAAACUCCCGGAUGCCAUCCUGAAUCUGUACUCGGACCGGGUGCGUCACCUUGAUCUCAGCUACAACAAGUUGUCCUCGUUUGAAUCGCUGGAACUGUUCACAAACCUGGAGGAACUCGUGCUGGACAACAACUAUCUUACCGAUGAGAUUAUAUUUCCCGCCCAGCUGAACCAAGUGAAGCUCCUUUCGCUGAACAACAAUAAAUUCGACAACUUGGAUCUGCUGCUCACGAAGCUGUCGCUCUGCUUCCCGAAUCUGGAGUAUUUGAGCUUGCUCGGGAAUCCGGCCUGUCCGUGCCACUUGCUGAACUUGAAGUACACUGAGUACGACUAUCUCAAGUACAGAUUCUACAUUAUUCGCUAUCUGCCGAGACUUCGAAUCUUGGACGCCCAGCGAGUUAAGAAGAUGGAGCGUGACUUUGUGCGCAACCAGCAGCAGCAGGAGGAGUGCGACUCGGAGGGAGGGAGAAUUAAGCGGAACAACGCCCUGAUGGAAAUCUGCGCCCUAUGGAGCUCCAAGCUGGGCGUUCGCCGCAAGAGUCAGCCGGUGGUUUACCAUCCGCUGCCGGACAGCAUUCGUGAGGCCGGUGACCAUCGGGGGGCGUACGGGAAAUGUCGCUAUCGGUACAUCGGCGCUCAGUCCGAGGGCAACCGGUUCAUACUCAACACAGAUUUAUGAGUAACGCUGAUUUGUUGUGUUUUAUUCACGGAAAAUGUUGCUUUUGUACAAUGUUCCGUAAGUUUAAGGAUAAUAGUAAUAAUAAUCAAUAAAAUAGAUGAUUUUA